UCAUCACGAACUCCACCAGACCACCACCAUGAAAUUUGUGGCUCUUGUUCUUCUGCUGGCCGUCGGCUCUCAGGCUGCUUCCCUGCAGGCCGAUGCUCCUUCCCAGCUGGCCCACGUCAGGGCCGCUGCGGAUCUCUACCUGACUCAGGCGAAGGAUGGUGCCAUCAAAGCUCUGGAUCAGCUCGAUGACACUCCAUACCAGGAGCUCAAGGCCACCAUUGCUCAGCGCCUGCAGGACCUCCACACUCAGAUCAAGGCUCUGCAGACCUCCGUUUCUCCCAUGACUGACAGCGUUGUUUCUACCAUCUCUGACGCCACCGCUGACUUGCGUACCUCCCUCGCGGCCGACAUUGAUGCCCUGAGGGCUGAUCUCGAGCCCAAGCGCGCCAAGCUGAGGGAGGUCAUCGAGAAGCACCUGGAGGAGUACCGCACCCAGAUGGAGCCCAUCGUCAAAGAGUACUAUGCCAAGCACACCACUGACAUGGAGGCCCUGAGGGCCAGGCUGGAGCCUGUCGUGGCAGAGCUGCGUCAGAAGGUGGCCACCAACGUGGACGAGACCAGGGCUGCACUGACGCCCAUUGUGGAGUCUGUGCGCACCAAGCUUGUUGAGCGUCUGGAAAGCCUGAAGCAGAUGGCUACUCCCUACGUAGAGGAAUACAAGGAGCAGCUGAGGCAGGUCUACAGCCAGGCCAGGUCCGUCGAUGCCGCGGACUACGCCGCCCUGAGGGAGAAGGUUGCACCUUUAGUUGAGGAGAUCAAGACAAAGUUCCAGGCCAUCUUCGGCAUCGUGGCUGAGACCUUCAGCAAGAGCUAAAUCCUCUCUACCCUGUUUCUGUAACUAGGCUCUCCGUCCCUAGAUCCAUUCCAUCUUUCUCUCCAUUCCUUCUUUUCUUCAACAGUCCACCUCCCAAAAUGAAGCGAAUGUCUAACCGAUGAACACACCGGCGGGACUCCCUCUUCCACGCAAACAACUUGCUUCACGCGCACACGCUCAAGCACACGCAAGCAGACACACACAGACACAAACAUGCUCAGCACACACAGGCUUUACUCUGCUCGUGUGACGGCCAACUGCUAACAUUUUGUGUAGGAAUUGUACGUACACUAUCACAAGUGCUUGAAUCUCUGUGUAACGACGCUUGUCUGAUGAAAUCUGUGCAUUGAAAUACAGCUCAAUAAACAUCUGACUGUUUCUACUA